GGGAAAGAGGAAAAAACCCAAAAGAGGAUGAAGAGAAGUGAAGGAAAGCAGGGAAACAUGAGCAGGUUGGCUGACAAGAUGAAGAUUUGUAAAGUGAUGGAUACACAGCCAAGGAAAACGAUGGCAAAUGUCAUUUUGGAGGCAGCGUCGGAGUUGAGCCAUGGACCGAGUCUCCCUGUAUCCGUGGAAACAAUGUGAUUGCUCUUUUGGACUGUCGGAUCGGGCAAGAACCUCCAGACACAGCUGAGCCGGGGAAGAGAUGCUGUGCAGAAUGACCUGAGCUUUACAGGUUUUGCACUGGCCUGCUUUCGAUAAAUAGCACUUCAACGACGGGCAGAAAGAAUAUGUGAAUAGAUGCUUCAGGGACUUGGAACUUUGCCGUGCUGGUGGUUCUCAGUAGAUUAUGAAGACCAUAAACCAGUUGCAUGGAUUAAAUAUUUGAUUGCCUUGCUGACAGCUAAUUGCUUUGCCUGACUGUGUUCAUUUUGGAUUCAUCAGGGCGACUGUCUCAUUUCUGUCUCUGUACUUUGCAGCUGUAUCAGCUCAUUUUAUCUCUGGGCAUUUCCUUAAAAUAUAUUACUUCCGUCCCUUUUGGAAAAUACGUUGGAUGGUGAUGAAUUUCCCACGUCGGAGGGUUUUUUCAUGAGAUCCACUCCAAAUUUCCCUUGUUGAAGUGUGGCAAUUGCGUUUUUUGGAUGAUGAACACAGAUUGGCUUUAUAACGAUACGACAGCAUCACAUCAAGAAAUCUGUCAAACAGAACGUGAUAUUUUCUGCGUCAUCUCUGGAGCUUUCUGGGAGCAGCUGGUGCCCAACAGCUGCCAGGACAUCUGGGAAUGAGCCUGCCACCAUCACCGGGAUUGUAAAACAGGUGGCAGUGGAAAAGGAGCACUUUAAAAAAAACAAAACUUUGGGGGCUCAGUUUUUGAAUUUUAAGUAAAAAAGCAUUGCAAAGAACUUUUGGCCUAGCUCUGCAUGCAAAUUUGAAGUUUAGAAAGCCGGUCGAGAAUUUCUGUGUGUGGAAACAGAAGCUUUAAGUGGCAACUUUCCCCACCCACCAUCAUUUUUGGCAUUACAACAAACAAACACGGGUUUGCUUAUUUUGUAAGUGAGGCAGGUAAGAGCAUGGAUAUGAAAGAAGUGGUCCAGAAGGAAACUGUGACCCAUGGAAUUGAGGCACGGAUGGGAGAAACACACCUCAACAGCACCUUCUUCCCUUACUACCAGCAUUCCCCAGCCAUGGCCACCAUGUUCAUCCUUGCCUACUUGAUCAUUUUUCUCUCUUGCAUGGCUGGAAACUCGUUGGUCUGCAUGGUGGUGAUGAGGAACCAGCGCAUGCGCACGGUUACCAACAUCUUCAUCCUCAACCUGGCCAUCAGUGACUUGUUGGUGGGCAUCUUCUGUGUGCCCACCACUUUGGUGGACAACCUGAUCACAGGCUGGCCCUUCAACCAGGCCAUCUGUACCAUGAGUGGCCUCGUCCAAGGAAUGUCCGUCUCUGCUUCUGUCUUCACUCUUGUGGCUAUAGCCAUGGACAGAUUCCAUUGCAUUGUUCUGCCUUUCCGAGAGAAGCUCAGUCUUCUGAAGGCCGUGGUGAUCAUCGCCGUGGUGUGGCUCCUGGCCAUCACCAUCAUGUGUCCUUCUGCAAUUAUGCUUACCGUGGUCCGCAUGGAAGACCAGUACAUGGUGCUAAGCGGUGGCGAGAACACCACCUUCCCACUUUACACGUGCUACGAAGCCUGGUCGGACGGCAGGAUGAGGAAGCUCUACACCACCAUCCUUUUCGCCCACAUUUAUGUGGUGCCUCUGAUGCUCAUCAUGUUCAUGUAUGGAAGGGUCUGCCUGAAGCUCUGCAGUUCCACUGUGCCCAUCACUGAAAACCCACCUUGCAGGGCCAGCAGCACCUCCAAGAAAAGAAUCCGGGUCAUCAAGAUGCUCAUCUUGGUCGCUCUCCUCUUCAUGCUCUCCUGGCUGCCCUUGUGGACACUGAUGCUGCUGGUGGAUUAUACCAGCUUGGCAAACGACCACCUGGACCUGCUGAGCGGCUAUCUCUUCCCUUUUGCCCACUGGCUGGCCUUCUCCAACAGCAGCAUCAACCCCAUCAUCUACGGAUACUACAACGAGAACUUCCGGAGAGGGUUUCAGGCGGCCUUUAAGUUCCAGAUUUGCUCCCAGGAGAUGAUAAUGCACCAGGAGACUUACUCGGAGCCAUCACAAGCUCCCGCCAGUUUCGGGAUGUGCAACAAAGUCUUUGUGGAGGCCACCUCUUCCAAUUCCACAUCCUCGCAGCGCACGCAGAACAUUGCCCAGCUCUUCUCGCGGAACAUCCCGCCCAAGUGCCCUGGGCUCGGCUUGGAAGAUAUCGAUAAGAUCAUGACAUACCAUGGAGUUAAUCGAGCUUGGGAAAAGACUGAGACAUAAAUCCGGAGCUGUCCCUAGGGUGAAGUUUGACUUUUGUGCCCACUUCCACCCCCAGCCAAGAAGCUUGGAACCCUAGCUUUAACUUGAGCCACACAGGCUGCUCGUUCACAAGGUUGAGUGGCCAGUCAGCACAGAUGACCAACAAAUGACUAGCCCGUGUUGGUUUGGAGAUACAGUGGGAGAGAGUUCCCUAGUCUAUUUUGGGGGCAAAACCCGAACACUUUGGGUGUGAGAAGAUGCUGCUUUUAAUUCAGAAACCCAAUCUGAGACCAUUUCUUUUUGGGAAAUGAAUGCUGAGACCGGCAAUUCAUCUUCAAGAGCGGGAGUGCAGCUUAUGACUAGCUGUUUAUUGGGGACAGCAAUGAGCAAGGAAGACUGUGUAUUUUGGGGUGUAGGAUGUGCAAGCCCUUUGGGGAGCAGGGUGCAGGAUGAUGUCUUACAUUCCUACACCACUUUGCAGUACUUCAGGGUGAAAUUCAAGAGGGAGAGAAUCAUUGGCAGUGCUAGAUCCUGGGGCGCCCCCCAAGAACUGGUGCCCCAGGCAACCGCCUCCUGCCUAGUGGAUGGGCCAGCCCUGCAUGCGUUGGGCAAAUGGGGCUGGGGAAAGAUCUUUCUACCCAACAUCACCAUAUUUUCUUUCUUUUCAGAAUUAAGCAGCAGUGGUGGAGUCCACAAUUCUAUUUCUUUGUAAUGUGUGGGAGGGAAUGAAAAGCUAGAGGUUUAUGCUCCAUUCCUGGAUCUAUUGGCGACUAAAGCUCAUGGCAUGAAUGAAUCUUUUAUUUUGGUCAUUGAACAGAAUACACAUUGCAAAAGCUCAAGGCAUAGAUUCUGCUUCGGGGGCUACCGACGGCUUGACACACACACAAAAAAUUUCUUCCCCCACCUGUAUGCCUCGGAUUCUGCAGUCAGUUCAGAGCCGGACAGCAUGUAUGUCAGUGCACACAAAGUGUAGAAGAGCCAGAUUACAUGAUAGGGGGUGCAGCAUUGCGUCCCGGGAAUCUUUCCUGGCAGGAGCAUGGCCUCCUGCUGGAAUUUUCGGAAACCAGAGAAGUGACUGGGGCCAAUCCCCACUUCUUAACCCGGUGUUAACCUGUGGUUCGUGCAACCUCGGCCAGUGAGCAACUGGGUGAUCGCUGCCGGACCAAAGGGCUUCCUCCUGGCCUGUUGCCAUUUCCAGCAGUGAGUCAGUGGGAGGAGCAGCCGUGCCGAGCAUGGUGGCUGCUCGAGCGAGCGAGAGCAGCUGCCGCAGUUGUGCCCCGGGGCCUUCUAGGAUGUGGGCGGGGGAAGUCCUCCUGCUCCCAGGGUCUCCCUUCGCUGCACCACUGCUUGUGUGGGGUGCAGUGGAGGGGAAGAUGGAGGUGGCUUGUCUGUGGGCAGGGGUGCACCGAGAUAAUUUGGGCACCUGGACCACCUAGACCCCCCCACACACGCAAGCCCCCCCAACCUCCUUUGGGGGGCCCACCCCGCCAACCUCCAUGGGGUUUUUAAAAACUUCUUACCAUGGCCAAGGGGUGGCUGCAGGAGGGGGGAGCAGAGCAGUCCUUUUCCUUUCUCCCCCCCGCCCCUCGGCAGUGAAGAGACUGGAGGGACGCUGGCCACGUCCGUUCAGGCCAGCGUCUUUAACAAAGUGCGAGGCGCACCUGUGCAGAU